AUGGUAAAAAAUAAUAAGCAGUUAAAUAAAAGUUAUCAAUAUCCACCUCGUCAUGGGGAAAUAUUAGCCAAAAUGAGACAUUCUGAUCAUGAGGGGAAUUUUUUGUUGCCGGCCGAUGCUACUCCUUUGGAGAAGAUUAAAUAUGAACUUUGUCAGAAAAUAUUAACUUAUAAACAAGAUAAUAAUUUAACAGCAGAGGAAUUGGCCGAGCGUAUUAGUCUAAGUCCACCUGAAACUAAGGAAAUAUUACUGAGUCAUAUUCAUAAAUUCACCCUAGAUAGGUUAUUAACUUAUGCCAGUAAAUUAUUUUCUCCUUUUCAAGUAGGGAUAAUUACUGCUGAACCUCGCUACGAGAAAAUUGCUAGUCGCAAAUAA